AUGGAGAUGAAGUCAUUCGUUGUUGAGAAGAUCCAUACUGAUGACAACGUGUCUGACAUGAUGACCAAACCUCUACCGAGAGAGAAGUUUGAGUUUUGCAGAAAGGAAGCAGGCUUGCCUGAGUCGAGACUCGUGGAUCAAAUUGUGCAACAUAUUUUGAAGAAAUUGAAUUAUGCAUCCUCAAGUGAUUUGAAGGGCCUGGUCGGAAUGGAUUCACGCAUGAAGCAAAUCGAAGCCUUAUUAUGUACACAGUUACCAGAGGUGUGUGUUGUAGGAAUAUGGGGCAUGGGUGGUAUUGGUAAGACAACCAUUGCUGGUGAGAUUUUCAACAAGAUCGCAAGGGAAUAUGAAGGUCACUAUUUUCUUGCAAAUGUGAGGGAGGAAUCAGAAAAGAAUGGAGGAUUAUUUCGUAUGCGAGAUGAACUUUUCUCUAAAAUAACAGAGGAAGAAUAUCUACAUAUUCGCACCCCACGUAUUGGGCACCCUUUCAUUAAAGACAGGAUCUGCCGUAAAAAGGUUCUGAUUGUUUUUGAUGAUGUGAAUAAUGUAGAUCACAUUGAAAUGUUACUUGGAGGAUGUGAUUUGUUUGGUCCAGGAAGUAGAAUCAUCCUAACAUCUAGAGAUAAACAGGUCCUUAAGAAAUAUUCAGACAAAAUAUUUGAGGUUGGGGGACUGAAUUACCAGGAAGCUCUUCAUCUCUUUAGUUUGCAUGCAUUUAAGGAUAAUCAUCCCCCAUACAAUUAUAUGGAGCUGUCUGUGAGGGCACUAAAUUACGCUAAAGGUAAUCCAUUAGCUCUUAAAGUCUUAGGUUCCUUUCUACUUGGCAGAACGAGAGAAGUAUGGGGAAGUGCAUUGAACAAGGUUGAAAAACUUCCUCAGAAAGAAGUUGAUAUUGUGUUGAGAAUAAGUUUUGAUGCACUUGAUAGAGAAGAGAAGAGUAUAUUUCUCGAUAUUGCAUGUUUUUUUAAAGGGCAGAACAUUGAUUUUACAAAGAGAAUACUAGAUGGCUGUGGCUUUUCAGCUGAUAUAGGAAUUAGUGUUCUUGUCGAUAAGUGUCUCGUCACUAUUUCUGGAAACAAGAUAGGGAUGCAUGAUUUGUUGCAGCAUAUGGCCCAUGAAAUUGUCAGCAUGGAAUCAGUCAAUGACCCAGGAAAACGCAGUAGAUUGUGGCAUUUUGAUGAUGUGUAUGAUGUGCUGACCAGAAAUCUGGGAACUAAAAACGUUGAAGGGAUAUCCGUAGACUUGGAUAGUUCUAAAAAGAUAAUGAAGGUGAGUUCCAGAGCGUUUGCGAGGAUGUAUAAUCUUAGAUUGCUCAAAGUUUAUAAUUCAGGAUUCGGAAAUAAUAGUGAAGUGCUCCUUCCUCAUGGCCUGGAUUCUAUUUCCAAUGAGUUGAGGUAUCUCCGCUGGGAUGGAUACCCUUUGAGAUCUUUGCCGUUCAAUUUUAUUCCGCAGAACCUUGUUGAAAUUAAUAUAUCUUCAAGCAAGGUUGAACAACUUUGGCAAGGAAACCAGAAUCUUGUGAAUCUAAAAGAGGUCAACCUCAGCAAUUGUAAGCAUCUAACAGAAAUCCCAGACCUCUCACAGGCUGCAAAUCUCGAGAGUUUGAAUCUUCAAUCCUGUACAAGUUUGACAGAAGUUCCUCAAUCUAUCCAAUAUCUAGACAAACUCUCCGAUUUCAAUCUGAGAUCCUGUACAAGCCUUAUAAGCCUGCCAAGUAGUAUUAAUUUGAAAUCACUCAAGACUCUUAACCUCUCAGGCUGCUUAAAUCUUAAGAAUUAUCCAGAGAUCGCGGAGAAUGUGCAGUACUUAAAUUUAAAUGAGACUUCAGUUCCAGAACUUCCCCGAUCAAUUGAGCAUCUUAGUAGACUUGUUGCAUUGAAUUUGAGGGAUUGUAAGCAACUUGGGAAUCUUCCGGAGGAUGUAUGUUCGUUGAAGUCACUUGAAAUUGCUGAUCUGUCAGGCUGCUCAAAUAUCACCAUGUUUCCAGCUUUUCCAGAGAAAGUCAGAUAUAUUUACUUGAGUGGAACUGCAAUAGAAGUAGUUCCGUCUUCCAUCGAUCGCCUUUCAAGACUCUUUUCUUUGGAUCUAAUGGGUUGCAAAAGGCUCAAGAAUCUUCCAUGUACUUUUUCUAGGUUGGCAUCUCUUGAAAAACUCAGUCUCUCUGGGUGCACAAUCAUCACGGAGUUUCCAGAGCUUCCAGUGACUAUUAAGGAGUUGUAUCUGGAUGGGACAGCAAUACGAGAGAUUCCUUCAUCAGUUGAGCAUUUGUCCAACCUUGUUGAAUUGAGUCUGCAAAACUGUACAAGAUUUGAGAUUCUACCUGGUAGUAUUUUUAACUUGGUUUCACUGAAAAAACUCAACCUCUUUGGAUGCUCCCAAUUCCAGACUUUCCCUUCUGUGGAUCAAUAUGGAUAUUUGACUUACCUUUGUUUAGAUGGAACAGCCAUAACAGCAUUACCCUGGACAAUCAAAGUUCUAGCAAGUGUUUCUCGCUUGGAAAUGAAAAACUGCAGAAAUCUUGAAUGCAACUUGCUCCCUGAGGUUCAGAAUCUUUUGAAUUUCAAUGAGAGAGAGGUGAAAUUACAUCGCCUGCGUCAGCUAUAUCUGAACGAUUGCAACGUACUUAGCUUGCCUGGGAGUUUUUCCUGCUUAUCCUCACUAGAAGUACUGGAUCUCAGUGGAAAUAGUUUUACUCUGCUACCAAUACUCUCAGAUCUCCUUAAGCUGGAAUCCCUUUUUUUAAGGAAUUGCUUUAGACUUAUACAUAUCCCUACCCUUCCACCAAGACUAACGAUUCUAGAUGCACACAAUUGUUCAUCGGUGAGCGGUGUAUCAGGCAUAUAUUCAACUGAGGUUGAGGGAAAUAUUUUUGAAUUCCUAUUUACUAACUGCUUUGGCUUCCAUGACAAAACUGUAUGCAAAUGCAACGACAUCAUUGAAUAUUCCUUGAGGAAAAUUAAGGUUUACGCCAAAAGAUUGUAUGCACUGAUGCCAUCUGUACUGCCCGGGACAUCUAGUGUUUGCUUCCCAGGAAGAAAUGUUCCAUACUGGUUUGUCAAUCAAACUCAGGGAUUUUCUUUAAAAAUUAAGCUGCCGUCACAAUGUGCUAGUAAUCAGUUCCUGGGUUUUGUUCUGUGUGCUGUUGUUGACUUUGGAUACUUGUUCAAAAGCUCUUAUGGCUUCCAAGUUAAUUGUAUAUAUCAUAUCAAGAACGAAUAUGGGGAUAAUCAUCAUCUUCAAAGCUGUUUUGGUGGUUGGUUUGACGGGGAGCAUGUUCGAGAAGUCUCAAACGAUAUGUUGUUCUUAGGGUAUGAUCCAUGUUUGGAAUUUAAAGAAUGUUAUUUGUUUGGAAAAUGCAGUGAGGUAGUAAUUGAAUUCUACUCGGAAGAUAGGAACAACAAUCCUUUAAAGAGUUGCAAUGUGAUCAAGUGUGGGGUCUGUCUGCUAUCUGCAGAAGAUGAUAAUUCAUGAUCAUGCCACAUUCCUAAGGUCAGCAUCCUUCCUUUGUGACUGCGGUUAAUGCUGAAGAAGCCGAAAUGACUCUGAGUGAUUCAAACCAAUCAAAUGAGACUGAUAUAGAUGCAUUAAGGAAUUACAUUGAAAAUCAGCACUCUCUAUCCCAGCAAAAAACCUCGUCUGCUGAUCGCAUCUUGCUUGGCUCAACAAAGAUUCAGGUUAGUUUACACUUCUCCACGUAGGCUAAGUUGCUGAUGAUCUCUUUCUACAGAAGAAAGCUUAAAAUUUUCUCUCCACAUAUCUUUUUCUGGCUUGGCAUCUUUUAUCCAUUUAAAGCUUUGGAAAUUGGAAUUCCGAAUGCAGUAUCUAUCUGGAACGACCCUAAUGAUUGAAACCGAUUCAAGAGGCACUGAAAUAAAUGCUUUGGGGAAUUACAUGGGAAAUCAGCACUAUUCAUCCCAUUAAAAAGCCUCUCCUGUCGCACCUUGCAUGGUUCAACAAAGAUUCAGUGAAAGGUGUAUCCCUUGAUAAUUUUUGGCAGUGCUGCUUAUGUCAAAAUACAAGAAGAGACGAGGACUAAGCUUGAAAAUCAAAGUCAGAAAUGCGUUCUGCUAGGGCGUGGAGGGACUUCUUGUGGUUACACCGUUUGCAAUCCUAUCACUAAAACGGUGGCGACGUCAAGAGAUGUUCAGUUUGAUGGAGAGCAACUAUGGAAAUGGAGCAAUGAAGGAUAGCAGCAGCAACGUUUUUAGAAGAUGAUUAAGAGCAGAAUAAUGAAGGCAGUGAUCAGAAUAUGGCAGCAGUUCAACCAUCUCUAAAUGCUUCUUCUAGUUCAGAUUCAAGGAAGUCAGAUCAUUUACAAUGUGUAAAAAUCAUUUAUUGCUUGAAAAUAAACUUUUUUAGG